AACCGGGCAGCCUGGAUGAGUAAACCGGAACAACCAGAUGCAUACAUGAAAACCACCAAUAAUCUCGCAAAAGACUUGUUGCACCCAUCCCCGGAGGAGGAGAAGAGGAGGCAUAAGAAGAAGCGCCUUGUUCAGAGUCCUAACUCUUACUUUAUGGAUGUCAAAUGUCCAGGAUGCUACAAGAUCACGACAGUGUUCAGCCACGCACAGACGGUCGUGCUGUGUGUGGGCUGUUCGACAGUCCUGUGUCAGCCCACCGGAGGCAAAGCCCGUCUCACAGAGGGGUGCUCUUUUAGGAGGAAGCAGCACUAAAAUGUUCUUCCCGGAGCUGAAAGGGAGAGGAAGGGAUGGACCGGUCGAUGUCAGCGGUGACCCCGGAAGAUCAACCCGAGAUCUGGCAAAUGUAUGCAAUGACAGACUUGGUCUGUGCUUGAAAGAUCGCUGUAACUCCACCCUCCAUUCUUGCCUCUCUCAAUAAAAUGUUGUUUUGGCUAAACAAA